AUGGGCCUCCUGCUCUUGAUUGUUGGGGUGUUGGGCUUUCUGGCCCUUUGCACCUAUGCGGUGGUCCUUUCGCCAAGGUGGAGCGCCCAGGGGCAGCACGCCAAGGUCAGGGCCUUCCGAUUCCUGCUCUUCCGCUUCCGACUGGACAGUUGGUGGUUUGGCGUGCCGUUGCUGAUCCGCGGUCCGCUGCUGUCACUUCCGAUCGCGCUGGCCACUGACUACCCGCCCAUUCAAGUUAUGGCUAUGUCGAGCGUCUUCAUAGUCUUCCUGGCACUGGAGUGCCGUGCCUGGCCCUGGAAGGUUCCCCUCCUAAACGUCAUGGACGCAUUGCUCUGCCUGAUCAUGACGCUGCUUGUGGGCUCCACCUCGCUUCAUCUGGGAGCCAUUGAGGGCGAAAUGAAGGACUUUGCCAGCAUCCUGGCCUCAGUUCUCAUGGGUUGCCUUGGCGUUGCUAUGGCUUCGCUCCUCUUCAUGACCGUGUCUGCUCUCGUCUACCGAGCAGCACUGGGUGGGCAGCAAGAGCUCUUUUUCUUCAACUUGCAGAAGCAGCCCUCUUCGGCAGAGGUGUCAGAGCGGCUGAAAGCCUCGGCGGCCCGGAUACGGAGCAUGGAGGAGUCCGAUCUUUUGCUGGCGGUAGGGCUGCUGUCGGUCUACGACCUGGGACUCGUGGUGUCCUACAUGUCGAUGGCGCAUUCUGAGAUCGCAGCAACAGAAGCUGGCGACGAGUUGCAGAUGCACCGUAUCUGCUCGCAUUCCUUCGCGCCUCCGAAACCCAAGCUCAGAAAGAUGAAGAAGCCCUCUGACCUGGGACGACGGCUGCGCUUAACGGUGCAGAGAUUGACGGCGGAGAUGGACACCGGAAGGCCAAGCCUUCUCCAGGAAGAGCUUCACUCGGAGGAUGGCAUGGGUGCUUCUUUCAGCGGCCCAGUAGAGGCCGUAGCGGACAACGCGGCCCCGAAGGACGUGGACCCGAAGCCAAAGGAGCCAGAGUCCAUCUGGGAUUCGGAAUCGUCGGGUGUGCCCGAAGACCUGCCGGCACGUCUCCCU